AUGCCUAUAAGCAUUGCCAGAUUUCGACAAUGCCUACAAGCAUUGCCAGAUUUCGACAAUGUCUACAAGCAUUGUCAGAUUUCGACAAUGUCUACAAGCAUUGUCAGAUUUCGACAAUGUCUACAAACAUUGUCAGAUAUCGACGAGGGAGUUUAUAUUCUAAGUGAUAACGCUAUAAAAAAAGUUGAUAGGGUAAAGUUAUUCACAUUAGUUAAUCGGACUAGCGUUGAGCAGGGAUACUGUUGGGCAUGGAAUAUAUAUAAUUCUGGCAAAGCGGAUGGGUG